ACCUCCAUUUCCAUAAGCUUGACAACUUAUCGAGAAUCAUUUGCAUUCUGAUCACCUAGUCAUGGCUCCCACCGCCAAGCUACUACUAGCCGACCUUGCAUCUUCAGGUGUAAAACAAAUUCCUUCCAACUUCAUCCGUCCCAUCUCCGACCGUCCGAAUCUCUCCGAUGUUCAGAUUUCGGAUGGCUCGAUUCCUCUAAUUGACCUUCGUGGCCUUGAUGGUCCCAACCACUCUACUAUAAUCGAACAAAUUGGCCAAGCAUGCCAAAGGGAUGGGUUCUUUCAGGUGAAGAAUCAUGGGAUACCAGAGGAAAUGAUUAGUAUCAUACUAAACAUAGCUAGACAGUUCUUCAAAUUGCCUGAAAGUGAAAGGUUAAAAAAUUACUCUGACGAUCCCACUAAGACAACCAGGUUGUCUACUAGUUUCAAUAUUAAGACAGAACAAGUUUCAAGCUGGAGAGAUUUCUUGAGACUUCAUUGUUAUCCUCUCGAAGAUUACGUACAUGAAUGGCCUAGCAAUCCUCCAUCAUUCAGGAAAGAUGUGGCUGAAUAUUGCACAAGUGUUAGAGGUCUAGUGUUGAGACUGCUUGAGGCCAUAUCCGAGAGCUUGGGUUUGGAAAGAGACUAUAUUGAUAAGAAAUUAGGCGGGCAUGGACAACAUAUGGCUAUGAACUACUAUCCACCCUGUCCACAGCCAGAACUCACAUAUGGAUUGCCUGGACACACCGACCCUAAUUUAAUCACCAUCCUGUUACAAGAUCACGUGCCUGGAUUGCAGGUUCUAAGAAAUGGCAAGUGGAUUGCUGUGAAUCCGAUUCCCAAUACUUUCAUCGUCAACAUCGGUGAUCAAAUGCAGGUACUUAGCAAUGAUCGUUACAAGAGUGUGCUUCACCGAGCAGUUGUGAACAGUGAUAAAGACCGAAUAUCUAUACCGACGUUCUACUGUCCUUCACCGGAUGCUGUAAUCGGGCCUCCAAAGGAGCUAGUCGACGACGAGCAUCCUGCCGUCUAUAGAGAUUUUACGUACGGUGAAUACUAUGAGAAGUUUUGGAACAAGGGACUUGUAAAAGAAUGUUGCUUGGACUUGUUCAAGCCUUCUAAUAAUACAACCUAGAAAAAACAUUAUAUGUAUUCCUCAAACUAUGUAUUAAUAAAUUAGCUUUUCAUUACUGUA